AUGAGAGAAAUGCUUGAAUCGUUUAGAUUGCCAGGUGAGGCACAACAAAUUGAAAGAAUUAUGGAAACUUUUGCUAUAACUUAUUUUGCUACUAAACCAGCUGAAAUUGCAACACAAGAUGCUACAUUUGUUUUAGCUUAUUCAGUUAUAUUGUUGAACACUGAUUUACAUAAUCCACAAGUUCGACGACGUAUGGGGAUUGAGGAUUAUAUGAAAAAUUUAAGAAAUGUUAACAAUGGACAAAAUUUUGCCACAGAAUAUCUACAAGCAAUUUAUGAUGCUAUUCGCAAAAAAGAAAUAAUAAUGCCUGAAGAACAUGAAGGUCAACUGGGAUUUAAUUAUGCAUGGAAAGAACUGUUACAUAGAGCCGAAAGUGCAGGGCCAUUUGUAAUAUGCAACGUUCCUUUGUACGAUAAAGAUAUGUUUACAACAGUAUGGAAGCCAACAGUAGCAGCUAUUUCCUUUGCACCAGACGAUGCAACUUUACAAAAAGCUAUUAAUGGAUUUCAUCGAUGUGCAUUAUUAUCAGCCCAAUAUAAAUUAUAUGAAGUGUUUGAUUAUAUAAUUAUGUCGUUGGCAAAGAUGACAGAACUUCUUGGCUCUAGAUAUUCAAAUGAGACUGCCAAUAAUCCGAUUAUUAAAGUUCAAGAUAUUGAUAUCACAGUAAGUGAUUUGACAAUUCAAUUUGGAAGAAAUUAUAAGGGACAACUAGCUGCUGUGGUUUUAUUUGCUGUUGCUAAUGAACAUGGAAAUGUAUUGAGAGAUGGAUGGAAAUACGUAGAAAUUAUAAAAAAUCUUUUUGUAAAUUCAUUAUUACCAAGUUCAAUGAUACAAGUGGAAGAUUUUUUAGCUGGUACAACAACAAUUCCACUUAAACCAAAAACUACUACAUUUUCAAAACAAGAAAGGCGUGACAACUUUUUAUUAUCGGCAUUAUCCUCAUAUUUGUUAUCGCCAUAUUCGGGUAAUUAUGAAUCUUCAAGAAGUGCACCUACCAAAGAAGAAAUAGAAUGCACCAUGUGUACAGUUGAUUGUGUUAAAGCAUGUCAUUUAGAUGAUAUAUUUGCUGACAUAAGAACUUUAGGUCAAGAAUCGCUUAAAAAUCUUAUGAAAGCACUCAAAUUUAUUGCAGAUGGAAAUACAACAACAAAGAUCAAUGAUGUUACUAAAUUAUCAUAUCCGCCAAUACCUCAUACCACACACCCAACUUCUACUGAUCAACAACAGCCGAUUCUUUUUGGACAUAUAACUGAUAUUUUAAAAGAAUCUCAAAACAAUAGUAUUCUAUUAGUUGAGAGAACAGUUGUUGCAUUACUUAGAUUGUGUAUUCAUCUGACACACAAGGAUGAAAUGAUAUCUGAUAUUUUGUUGGCAUUAGAACUAUUGGCUACAUUGCCAGAUGAUGUAAUAAAUUCUGUUGGCGAACAAAUGAUGGCAGGAAUAUUGAAUAUUAUCAAAUCAGAUCCUUCAUAUAUCAAAGGGAAAAGACCACGAGAACCAGUUUUCAAAUUACUUAGAGCAACUUCAACACACCCACAAGCAUCUAAAUAUUCAUUUGAUGUUAUUACAUUAUUAAUAAAAGAAAAAAAAGGUAUCAAUCUUGAUAACUUUAAUGAUUGUGUAGAACUUUUGGCAGAGUUCGCUUCAGCUGCUACAUUUCCAAUAGAUCAACAAGAAAAGCAACAGUUCGUUGAAUCACCGAAACCAAAAAAUUCAAGAGAUAAUCUUACUAAAACUCAAUCUGCUAUUAUAGAUAGAGCAAAAGAAGCUGUUGUAUUGAUGGAUAUAUUAUAUGUUGAAAUACCAAACCUGCUCAGUGAAACUGGUAAAUCACCAAGAGAAGCAUGGUCGAAUUAUUGGUUACCAAUUUUAACAGGAUUCAGUCAACAAUGUUAUAGUCCAUGUUUUGAAGUUAGACAAAAUGCAAUAGCAUAUUUGCAACGGUCACUUUUAAACCCACAGCUUGUAUCACAUGGUGGCACGGAAUGGGUAUUAGUGUUUGAUCUUGUGUUGUUUCCAUUGUUAGAUCAACUAUUAAAACCAGAAAUAUAUCAAGCUGACCCAGUUGGUAUUGAUGAAUCUAGGAUAAGAGCUUCGGCAUUAUUAUGUAAAAUAUUCUUACAUUAUCUGAAUAGGUUGAUGGAAUGGGGUGGAUUAAUUACAUUGUGGUCACAAAUUUUAGACGUAAUGGAAAAAUAUAUGUUUACAGAUUCAUUGAGAGAAGCAGUUCCUGAAUCAUUAAAGAAUAUGUUAUUAGUAAUGUCAACUUCGGGUGUUUUAAUUCCACCAGUUAAUCAAGAACAUAAAACAUAA